AUGAUGCCAGCCCAGUAUGCUCUAACCUCCAGCCUGGUUCUCCUGGUGCUGCUGAGCACAGCCAGAGCAGGCCCCUUCUCUUCACGGUCCAAUGUGACACUGCCAGCCCCCCGGCCCCCUCCCCAGCCAGGGGGCCACACAGUGGGGGCUGGAGUGGGAAGCCCCUCUUCUCAGCUUUAUGAGCACACAGUGGAAGGAGGGGAGAAGCAGGUGGUAUUCACCCACCGCAUUAACCUGCCCCCUUCCACUGGCUGUGGCUGUCCCCCAGGCACCGAGCCCCCAGUCCCUGCUUCAGAGGUACAGGCCCUGAGGGUCCGUCUAGAGAUCCUGGAGGAGUUGGUGAAGGGGCUCAAGGAACAGUGCACUGGGGGAUGUUGUUCUGCCUCUGCCCAAGCUGGCACAGGUCAGACAGAUGUGCGGACCCUCUGCAGUCUCCAUGGUGUGUUUGAUCUGAGCCGCUGCACCUGUUCCUGUGAGCCAGGCUGGGGUGGGCCCACCUGCUCAGACCCCACAGAUGCUGAGAUCCCUCCCUCCUCCCCACCCUCAGCCUCGGGGUCCUGCCCAGAUGACUGCAAUGAUCAGGGUCGCUGUGUCCGUGGUCGUUGCGUGUGCUUUCCCGGCUACACUGGCCCCAGCUGUGGCUGGCCAUCCUGUCCCGGGGACUGCCAAGGCCGUGGGCGCUGCGUGCAGGGCGUGUGUGUGUGCCGGGCAGGCUUCUCAGGCCCCGACUGCAGCCAGCGCUCCUGCCCUCGAGGUUGCAGCCAGAGGGGACGCUGUGAGGGUGGGCGCUGCGUGUGUGACCCAGGCUACACUGGUGACGACUGUGGCAUGAGGAGCUGCCCUCGCGGUUGCAGUCAGAGGGGGCGCUGUGAGAAUGGGCGCUGCGUGUGUAACCCCGGCUACACUGGCGAGGACUGUGGGGUGAGGAGCUGCCCUCGGGGCUGCAGCCAGCGGGGACGCUGCGAGGACGGGCGCUGCGUGUGUGACCCCGGCUACACUGGCGAGGACUGUGGUACGCGGAGCUGCCCCUGGGACUGUGGCGAGGGCGGGCGCUGCGUGGACGGCCGCUGCGUGUGCUGGCCCGGGUACACAGGCGAGGACUGCAGCACGCGGACAUGUCCGAGGGACUGCCGGGGCCGCGGGCGCUGCGAGGACGGCGAAUGCAUUUGCGACACGGGCUACAGCGGGGACGACUGCGGCGUGCGCAGCUGCCCUGGCGACUGCAACCAAAGGGGCCGCUGCGAGGACGGCCGCUGCGUGUGCUGGCCGGGGUACACUGGAACCGAUUGCGGCUCGCGCGCCUGCCCACGCGACUGUAGAGGUCGCGGGCGCUGCGAGAACGGCGUGUGUGUUUGCAAUGCGGGCUACAGCGGCGAGGACUGCGGUGUGCGCAGCUGUCCUGGGGACUGUCGUGGCCGGGGCCGCUGUGAGAGUGGCCGCUGCGUGUGUUGGCCGGGGUACACAGGCCGGGACUGCGGCACGCGCGCCUGUCCUGGCGACUGUCGCGGGCGCGGGCGCUGCGUGGAUGGCCGCUGCGUGUGCAACCCGGGCUUCACCGGUGAGGACUGUGGGAGCCGUCGCUGUCCCGGGGACUGCCGUGGGCACGGCCUUUGCGAGGAUGGCGUGUGCGUGUGUGACGCAGGCUACUCAGGGGAAGACUGCAGCACGCGCAGCUGCCCCGGGGGCUGCCGAGGCCGCGGCCAGUGCCUAGAUGGGCGGUGUGUGUGCGAGGACGGCUACUCUGGCGAGGAUUGUGGUGUGAGGCAGUGCCCGAAUGACUGCAGCCAGCACGGCGUGUGCCAGGACGGUGUGUGCAUCUGUUGGGAAGGCUACGUGGGUGAGGACUGCAGCAUCCGCACCUGCCCCUCCAACUGCCACGGGAGGGGCCGCUGUGAGGAAGGGCGCUGCCUGUGCGACCCAGGCUACACCGGCCCUACCUGUGCCACCCGCAUGUGCCCGGCUGACUGCCGGGGACGUGGGCGGUGUGUGCAAGGAGUGUGCCUGUGCCACGUGGGCUAUGGCGGUGAGGACUGCGGGCAGGAAGAGCCUCCAGCCAGCGCCUGCCCUGGAGGCUGCGGGCCCCGGGAACUGUGCCGGGCAGGCCAGUGUGUGUGUGUAGAGGGCUUCCGAGGCCCUGACUGUGCCAUCCAGACAUGCCCAGGGGACUGCCGUGGCCGAGGAGAGUGUCACGAUGGCAGCUGUGUCUGCAAAGAUGGGUAUGCUGGUGAAGACUGCGGAGAAGAGGUGCCAACCAUUGAGGGCAUGAGGAUGCAUCUCUUGGAGGAGACAACAGUUCGGACAGAGUGGACCCCGGCUCCUGGCCCCGUGGAUGCCUAUGAAAUUCAGUUCAUCCCCACGACAGAGGGGGCGAGCCCCCCAUUCACAGCACGGGUUCCAAGCUCUGCCUCAGCCUAUGACCAGAGAGGACUGGCCCCUGGACAGGAGUACCAGGUUACUGUCCGAGCCCUUCGAGGGACCAGCUGGGGCCUUCCUGCCUCCAAGACCAUCACCACCAUGAUCGAUGGGCCCCAGGACCUCCGAGUGGUGGCUGUGACACCGACAACACUGGAGCUUGGCUGGCUGCGUCCCCAGGCUGAGGUGGACCGAUUUGUGGUGUCCUACGUCAGUGCCGGCAACCAGAGGGUGCGGCUGGAAGUGCCCCCUGAAGCAGACGGGACGCUGCUGACUGACCUGAUGCCAGGCGUAGAAUAUGUGGUGACUGUCACAGCGGAGCGGGGCCGGGCAGUCAGCUACCCAGCUUCUGUCAGGGCCAACACAGCACCAGGCCACUACAGUUACCCGGAGGUGCGCCCCCCAUCCCCGCCCCCCAAGUCCCGGCCCCGGCCAGCCCCAGCCCCGCGGCCCCCACGGCCCCCUCGGCCCUCGAGGCCCGCAGAGGAAAGGGAGGAGGAGUCCCCGCCCAGGCCAAGCCUGUCCCAGCCCCCACGGCGGCCUUGGGGCAACCUGACUGCCGAGCUGAGCCGUUUCCGCGGCACGGUGCAGGACCUGGAGCGCCACCUGCGGGCUCACGGCUACCCACUGCGGGCCAACCAGACUUACACGUCGGUGGCGCGCCACAUCCAUGAAUACUUGCAGCGGCGUCUGUUGGCCGCCGCCCCCGCCGGCUCCCCCGCACCCCCGCCCCGCCACCCCCGCCCCACCGCCAGCCCUGAUCCCGGCACCAGGAAACGGGACUCCAACCAGGGAAUCUACGGCCUCUCGCCUGAAGGCGUCGACCGGGUGGCUGCGUCCCGCCACCCCAAGCCAGAGGUGCUGGGCAGUUCCGCCGAUGGCGCGCUUCUCGUGUCUCUCGACGGGCUCCGCGGCCAGUUCGAGCGCGUGGUGCUGCGCUGGCGGCCUCAACCGCCUGCAGAGGGCCCCGGCGGUGAGCUGACUGUGCCGGGCACCACGCGCACCGUCAGCCUGCCCGACCUCAGGCCCGGCACCACCUACCACGUGGAGGUCCACGGGGUGCGGGCGGGGCAGACCUCCAAGUCCUACGCCUUCAUCACCACCACAGGGUCCUCACCCUCGGGCCUCUUGGGGACUACCGAUGAGCCUCCUCCCUCAGGCCCCUCGACGACGCAAGGGGCCCAGGCUCCUCUCCUGCAGCAGCGCCCCCAGGAGCUGGGAGAGUUGAGGGUGCUGGGCAGAGAUGAGACAGGGCGCCUCCGUGUGGUCUGGACCGCCCAGCCCGAUACCUUUGCCCACUUCCAACUGCGCAUGCGGGUGCCCGAGGGGCCGGGGGCACAUGAGGAAGUGCUGCCAGGGGACGUCCGCCAGGCUGUGGUGCCUCCACCCCCUCCUGGAACCCCGUAUGAGCUGUCACUUCAUGGGGUCCCUCCUGGGGGCAAGCCCUCUGACCCCAUCAUCUACCAAGGCAUUAUGGACAAGGAUGAGGAGAAGCCUGGGAAGUCUUCAGGCCCACCACGCCUGGGUGAGCUGACGGUGACAGACAGGACCUCCGACUCCUUGCUCCUGCGCUGGACGGUCCCCGAGGGCGAGUUUGACUCCUUCAUGAUCCAGUACAAGGACAGGGACGGGCAGCCCCAGGUGGUGCCCGUGGAAGGACCCCAGCGCUCGGCCGUCAUCACCUCCCUGGAUCCUGGCCGCAAGUACAAAUUUGUCCUGUACGGGUUUGUUGGCAAGAAGAGGCAUGGUCCGCUGGUGGCUGAAGCCAAGAUCUUGCCUCAGAGUGACCCAAGUCCAGGGACUCCACCCCGCCUGGGAAACCUGUGGGUGACAGACCCUACCCCAGAUUCACUGCACCUCUCCUGGACUGUCCCUGAGGGCCAGUUUGACACCUUCAUGGUCCAGUACAGGGACAGGGAUGGACGGCCCCAGGUGGUACCUGUGGAAGGGCCCGAGCGUUCAUUUGUUGUCUCCUCACUGGACCCUGACCACAAGUACAGAUUCACUCUGUUUGGAAUUGCGAACAAGAAGCGGUAUGGCCCCCUCACGGCCGAUGGCACCACUGCUCCAGAGAGGAAAGAGGAGCCCCCCCGCCCUGAGUUCCUGGAGCAGCCCCUCCUGGGGGAACUGACAGUGACCGGCGUGACCCCAGACUCCUUGCGUCUCUCAUGGACAGUGGCCCAGGGCCCCUUCGACUCAUUCAUGGUCCAGUACAAGGAUGCACAGGGGCAGCCCCAGGCAGUGCCUGUUGCGGGGGAUGAGAAUGAGGUUACCGUCCCUGGCCUGGAUCCCGACCGGAAGUAUAAGAUGAACCUCUACGGGCUUCGUGGCAGGCAGCGUGUGGGGCCCGAGUCUGUGGUGGCCAAGACUGCUCCUCAGGAGGAUGUGGACGAGACCCCCAGCCCCACAGAACUGGGCACGGAGGCCCCAGAGUCCCCCGAGGAGCCGCUCCUGGGGGAGCUGACAGUGACAGGAUCCUCCCCUGAUUCGCUGAGCCUCUUCUGGACCGUCCCCCAGGGCAGCUUCGACUCCUUCACCGUGCAGUACAAGGACAGGGACGGGCGGCCCCGGGCGGUGCGUGUUGGGGGCAAGGAGAGCGAGGUCACCGUGGGAGGCCUAGAGCCUGGGCACAAGUACAAGAUGCACCUGUACGGCCUCCACGAGGGGCAGCGCGUGGGCCCGGUGUCCGCCGUGGGCGUGACGGCCCCACAACAAGAAGAGACCCCUCCAGCCACCGAGUCCCCGCUGGAGCCACGCCUAGGAGAGCUGACAGUGACAGAUGUGACCCCCAACUCUGUGGGCCUCUCCUGGACAGUCCCCGAGGGCCAGUUUGACUCCUUCAUGGUCCAGUACAAGGACAAGGACGGGCAGCCCCAGGUGGUGCCGGUGGCUGCAGACCAGCGAGAGGUCACAGUCUACAACCUGGAGCCUGAGAGAAAAUACAAGAUGAACAUGUAUGGACUACAUGAUGGGCAACGCAUGGGCCCCCUGUCUGUGGUCAUCAUGACGGCUCCCCUCCCACCAGCCCCAGCCACAGAGGCCUCCAAGCCUCCCCUGGAGCCACGCCUAGGGGAGCUGACAGUGACGGAUAUAACCCCUGACUCUGUGGGCCUCUCGUGGACAGUCCCUGAGGGUGAAUUCGACUCCUUUGUGGUUCAGUACAAGGACAGGGACGGGCAGCCCCAGGUGGUGCCCGUGGCUGCAGAUCAGCGGGAGGUCACUAUCCCUGACCUGGAACCCUCCCGCAAGUACAAGUUCCUGCUCUUUGGGAUCCAGGAUGGGAAACGACGCAGCCCAGUCUCUGUGGAGGCAAAGACGGUUGCCCGAGGUGACGCCAGCCCAGGGGCCCCACCCCGCCUUGGGGAGCUGUGGGUGACAGACCCCACCCCAGACUCACUGCGCCUCUCCUGGACGGUUCCUGAGGGCCAGUUCGACUCUUUUGUGGUCCAGUUCAAGGACAAAGACGGGCCCCAGGUGGUGCCCGUGGAGGGCCAUGAGCGCUCUGUCACUGUCACCCCUCUGGAUGCCAGCCGCAAGUACAGAUUCCUCCUCUAUGGCCUCCUGGGCAAGAAGCGCCAUGGCCCCCUCACUGCCGACGGCACCACGGAGGCCCAGAGUGCUAUGGAUGAUACUGGAACAAAGCGUCCCCCAAAACCCCGUCUGGGGGAGGAGCUGCAGGUGACCACCGUGACCCAGAACUCCGUGGGCCUCUCCUGGACAGUCCCUGAGGGCCAGUUUGACUCCUUUGUGGUCCAGUACAAAGACAGGGACGGGCAGCCCCAGGUGGUGCCCGUGGAGGGCAGCCUCAGGGAGGUCAGCGUGCCGGGCCUGGACCCCGCCCACAGGUACAAGCUGCUGCUCUACGGGCUGCACCGUGGCAAGCGUGUGGGCCCCAUCUCGGCCGUCGCCAUUACUGCCAGCAGGGAAGAAACGGAAACUGAGACCACAGCCCCGACCCCUCCAGCGCCUGAGCCCCACCUCGGGGAGUUGACAGUGGAGGAGGCCACGCCACACACCCUGCAUCUCUCCUGGAUGGUGACUGAGGGAGAAUUUGACUCCUUCGAAAUCCAGUACACAGAUAGAGACGGGCAACUCCAAAUGGUCCGUACAGGAGGCGACCGGAAUGACAUCACCCUCUCUGGCCUGGAAUCCGACCACAGAUACCUGGUGACCCUGUAUGGUUUCCGUGAUGGGAAGCAUGUAGGUCCUGUCCAUGUCGAGGCCCUGACAGUCCCGGAGGAGGAGGAGCCUUCAGAACCUCCCACCGCAACCCCCGAGCCCCCCAUCAAGCCUCGCCUGGGGGAGCUGACCAUGACAGAUGCCACCCCUGACUCCCUCAGCCUGUCCUGGACGGUUCCUGAGGGCCGGUUUGACCACUUCCUGGUCCAGUACAGGAAUGGAGAUGGGCAGCCCAAGGCAGUGAGGGUGCCAGGGCACGAGGACGGGGUCACCAUCUCGGGCCUGGAGCCAGACCAUAAAUACAAGAUGAACCUGUACGGCUUCCACGGUGGCCAGCGCAUGGGCCCUGUGUCUGUUGUCGGGGUGACAGCUGCAGAGGAAGAGACCCCCAGCCCCACAGAACCCAGCAUGGAGGCCCCGGAGCCCGCUGAGGAGCCGCUCCUGGGGGAGCUGACAGUGACAGGAUCCUCCCCUGACUCGCUGAGCCUCUCCUGGACCGUCCCCCAGGGCCACUUCGACUCCUUCACCGUGCAGUACAAGGACAGGGACGGGCGGCCCCAGGUGGUGCGUGUUGGGGGCGAAGAGAGUGAAGUCACUGUGGGGGGCCUGGAGCCUGGGCGCAAGUACAAGAUGCACCUGUACGGCCUCCACGAGGGGCGGCGCGUGGGCCCAGUGUCUGCUGUGGGCGUCACAGCCCCCGAAGAGGAGUCCCCUGAUGCUCCUCUUGCAAAGCUGCGCCUAGGGGAGAUGACAGUGAGAGACAUCACCUCCGACUCCCUCAGCCUCUCCUGGACAGUCCCCGAGGGCCAGUUUGACCAUUUCUUGGUCCAGUAUAAGAAUGGGGACGGGCAGCCCAAGGCGGUGCGGGUGCCGGGACACGAGGAUGGGGUCACCAUCUCGGGCCUGGAGCCAGACCACAAGUACAAGAUGAACCUGUACGGCUUCCACGGUGGCCAGCGCGUGGGCCCCGUGUCUGCUGUUGGUUUAACUGCCCCAGGAAAGGAUGAAGAAAUGGCCCCAGCCUCGACAGAACCUCCCACCCCUGAACCCCCCAUCAAGCCUCGCCUGGGGGAGCUGACCGUGACAGAUGCGACCCCUGACUCCCUCAGCCUGUCCUGGAUGGUUCCCGAGGGACAGUUUGACCACUUCCUGGUCCAGUACAAGAAUGGGGAUGGGCAGCCCAAGGCAACACGGGUGCCAGGACAUGAGGACAGGGUCACCAUCUCCGGCCUGGAGCCAGACCACAAGUACAAGAUGAACCUGUACGGCUUCCACGGUGGCCAGCGCGUGGGCCCCGUGUCUGCCAUCGGGGUGACAGCUGCAGAGGAAGAGACCCCCAGCCCCACAGAACCCAGCACUGAGGCCCCGGAGCCCCCUGAGGAGCCGCUCCUGGGGGAGCUGACAGUGACAGGAUCCUCCCCUGACUCGCUGAGCCUCUCCUGGACCGUCCCCCAGGGCCGCUUCGACUCCUUCACCGUGCAGUACAAGGACAGGGACGGGCGGCCCCAGGUGGUGCGUGUCAGGGGCGAGGAGAGCGAGGUCACUGUGGGGGUCCUGGAGCCUGGGCGCAAAUACAAGAUGCACCUGUACGGCCUCCACGAGGGGCGGCGCGUGGGCCCGGUGUCCACUGUGGGCGUGACUGCCCCACAAGAGGAUGUGGACGAGACCCCCAGCCCUACAGAACCAGGCACAGAGGCCCCAGAGCCCCCCGAGGAGCCUCUCCUGGGGGAGCUGACAGUGACAGGAUCCUCCCCUGACUCGCUGAGCCUUUCCUGGACCGUCCCCCAGGGCCGCUUUGACUCCUUCACCGUGCAGUACAAGGACAGGGACGGGCGGCCCCAGGCGGUGCGUGUUGGGGGCCAGGAGAGCGAGGUCACUGUGAGGGGCCUGGAGCCUGGGCGCAAGUACAAGAUGCACCUGUACGGCCUCCACGAGGGGCAGCGCCUGGGCCCGGUGUCUGCCGUGGGCGUCACAGCUCCAGAGGAUGAAGCCGAGACCACCCAAGCAGUGCCCACCAUGACCCCUGAGCCCCCCAUCAAGCCUCGCCUCGGGGAGCUGACCGUGACAGAUGCCACCCCCGACUCCCUCAGCCUGUCCUGGACGGUUCCCGAGGGCCAGUUUGACCACUUCCUGGUCCAGUACAGGAAUGGGGACGGGCAGCCUAAGGCGGUGCGGGUGCCGGGGCACGAGGACGGGGUCACCAUCUCAGGCUUGGAGCCAGACCAUAAAUACAAGAUGAACCUGUACGGCUUCCACGGUGGCCAGCGUGUGGGCCCCGUGUCUGCCAUUGGGGUGACGGCUGCAGAGGAAGAGACCCCCAGCCCCACGGAACCCAGCACUGAGGCCCCGGAGCCCCCUGAGGAGCCGCUCCUGGGGGAGCUGACAGUGACAGGAUCCUCCCCUGACUCGCUGAGCCUCUCCUGGACCGUCCCCCAGGGCCACUUCGAGUCCUUCACCGUGCAGUACAAGGACAGGGACGGGCGGCCCCAGGUGGUGCGUGUCAGGGGCGAGGAGAGCGAGGUCACCGUUGGGGGCCUGGAGCCCGGGCGCAAAUACAAGAUGCACCUGUACGGCCUCCACGAGGGGCAGCGUGUGGGCCCGGUGUCCACCGUGGGUGUGACAGCUCCAGAGGAUGAAGCCGAGACCACCCAAGCAGUGCCCACCAUGACCCCUGAGCCCCCCAACAAGCCUCGCCUCGGGGAGCUGACCGUGACAGAUGCCACCCCCGACUCCCUCAGCCUGUCCUGGACGGUUCCCGAGGGCCAGUUUGACCACUUCCUGGUCCAGUACAGGAAUGGGGACGGGCAGCCUAAGGCGGUGCGGGUGCCGGGGCACGAGGACGGGGUCACCAUCUCAGGCCUGGAGCCAGACCACAAGUACAAGAUGAACCUGUACGGCUUCCACGGUGGCCAGCGCGUGGGCCCCGUGUCUGUCAUUGGGGUGACGACUGCAGAGGAAGAAACUCCCGCCCCCACAGAACCCAGCACGGAGGCCCCGGAGCCCCCUGAGGAGCCGCUCCUGGGGGAGCUGACAGUGACAGGAUCCUCCCCUGACUCGCUGAGCCUCUCCUGGACCAUCCCCCAGGGCCACUUCGACUCCUUCACCGUGCAGUACAAGGACAGGGACGGGCGGCCCCAGGUGGUGCGUGUCAGGGGCGAGGAGAGCGAGGUCACCGUGGGGGGCCUGGAGCCCGGGCGCAAAUACAAGAUGCACCUGUACGGCCUCCACGAGGGGCAGCGUGUGGGCCCAGUGUCCGCUGUGGGUGUGACAGCUCCAGAGGAUGAAGCCGAGACCACCCAAGCAGUGCCCACCAUGACCCCUGAGCCCCCCAUCAAGCCUCGCCUGGGGGAGCUGACCGUGACAGAUGCCACCCCCGACUCCCUCAGCCUGUCCUGGACGGUUCCCGAGGGCCAGUUUGACCACUUCCUGGUCCAGUACAGGAAUGGGGAUGGGCAGCCCAAGGCGGUGCGGGUGCCGGGGCACGAGGACGGGGUCACCAUCUCAGGCCUGGAGCCAGACCAUAAAUACAAGAUGAACCUGUACGGCUUCCACGGUGGCCAGCGCGUGGGCCCCAUCUCUGUCACUGGGGUGACGGAGGAAGAGACCCCCAGCCCCACAGAACCCAGCACUGAGGCCCCGGAGGCCCCUGAGGAGCCGCUCCUGGGGGAGCUGACAGUGACAGGAUCCUCCCCUGACUCGCUGAGCCUCUCCUGGACCGUCCCCCAGGGCCGCUUCGACUCCUUCACCGUGCAGUACAAGGACAGGGACGGGCGGCCCCAGGCGGUGCAUGUCAGGGGCGAGGAGAGCGAGGUCACCGUGGGGGGCCUGGAGCCCGGGCGCAAAUACAAGAUGCAUCUGUACGGCCUCCACGAGGGGCAGCGCGUGGGCCCAGUGUCCACCGUGGGCAUCACGGCGCCCCUGCCCACACCACUGCCGGUGGAGCCCCGCCUGGGGGAGCUGGCGGUGGCGGCCGUGACCUCGGACUCAGUGGGCCUCUCAUGGACAGUGGCCCAGGGCCCCUUUGACUCCUUCCUGGUGCAGUACAGGGACGCGCAGGGGCAGCCCCAGGCAGUGCCUGUGAGCGGAGACCUCCGAGCGGUCGCCGUCUCGGGGCUGGACCCGGCCCGCAAGUACAAGUUCCUGCUCUUUGGACUCCAGAAUGGGAAACGCCACGGCCCAGUCCCUGUGGAGGCCAGGACCUCCCCAGACACCAAACCGUCUCCCCGCCUGGGGGAGCUGACUGUGACAGAUGCGACCCCUGACUCCGUGGGCCUCUCGUGGACGGUCCCUGAGGGCGAAUUCGACUCCUUCGUGGUCCAGUACAAGGAUAAGGAUGGUCGGCUCCAGGUGGUGCCGGUGGCAGCCAACCAGCGGGAGGUCACAGUCCAGGGCCUGGAGCCCAGAAGGAAAUACAGGUUCCUGCUCUAUGGUCUGUCAGGCAAGAAGCGACUGGGCCCCAUCUCUGCUGACAGCACCACAGCUCCCCUGGAGAAGGAGCUACCUCCCCACCUGGGGGAACUGACCGUGGCUGAGGAGACCUCCAGCUCUCUGCGCCUGUCCUGGACGGUGGCCCAGGGCCCCUUUGACUCCUUCGUGGUCCAGUACAGGGACACGGACGGGCAGCCCAGGGCAGUGCCUGUGGCCGCAGACCAGCGCGCAGUCACCGUAGAGGACCUAGAGCCUGGCAAGAAAUACAAGUUUCUGCUCUACGGGCUCCUCGGGGGAAAGCGCCUGGGCCCGGUCUCUGCCCUGGGAAUGACAGCCCCAGAAGAGGACACACCAGCCCCAGAGUUAGCCCCAGAGGCCCCUGAGCCUCCUGAAGAGCCCCGCCUAGGAGUGCUGACCGUGACCGACACAACCCCAGACUCCAUGCGCCUCUCGUGGAGCGUGGCCCAGGGCCCCUUUGAUUCCUUCGUGGUCCAGUAUGAGGACACGAACGGGCAGCCCCAGGCCUUGCUCGUGGACGGCGACCAGAGCAAGAUCCUCAUCUCAGGCCUGGAGCCCAGCACCCCCUACAGGUUCCUCCUCUAUGGCCUCCAUGAAGGGAAGCGCCUGGGGCCCCUCUCAGCUGAGGGCACCACAGGGCCGGCCCCUGCUGGUCAGACCUCAGCAGAGUCAAGGCCCCGCCUGUCCCAGCUGUCUGUGACUGACGUGACCACCAGUUCACUGAGGCUCAACUGGGAGGCCCCACCUGGGGCCUUCGACUCCUUCCUGCUCCGCUUUGGGGUUCCAUCACCAAGCACUCUGGAGCCGCAUCCGCGUCCACUGCUGCAGCGCGAGCUGAUGGUGCCGGGGACGCGGCACUCGGCCGUGCUCCGGGACCUGCGUUCCGGGACUCUGUACAGCCUGACACUGUAUGGGCUGCGAGGACCCCACAAGGCCGACAGCAUCCAGGGAACCGCCCGCACCCUCAGCCCAGUUCUGGAGAGCCCCCGUGACCUCCAAUUCAGUGAAAUCAGGGAGACCUCAGCCAAGGUCAACUGGAUGCCCCCACCAUCCCGGGCGGACAGCUUCAAAGUCUCGUACCAGCUGGCGGAUGGAGGGGAGCCGCAGAGUGUGCAGGUGGACGGCCAGGCCCGGACCCAGAAACUCCAGGGGCUGAUCCCAGGCGCUCGCUACGAGGUGACCGUGGUCUCCGUCCGAGGCUUUGAGGAGAGUGAGCCUCUCACAGGCUUCCUCACCACGGUUCCUGACGGUCCCACGCAGUUGCGUGCACUGAACUUGACCGAGGGAUUCGCCGUGCUGCACUGGAAGCCCCCCCAGAAUCCUGUAGACACCUAUGACGUCCAGGUCACAGCCCCUGGGGCCCCGCCUCUGCAGGCCGAGACCCCAGGCAGCGCGGUGGACUACCCCCUGCAUGACCUUGUCCUCCACACCAACUACACUGCCACAGUGCGUGGCCUGCGGGGCCCCAACCUCACUUCCCCAGCCACCAUCACCUUCACCACAGGGCUAGAGGCCCCUCGGGACUUGGAGGCCAAGGAAGUGACCCCCCGCACCUCCCUGCUCACUUGGACUGAGCCCCAAGUCCGGCCCACAGGCUACCUGCUCAGCUUCAACACCCCUGGUGGACAGACCCAGGAGAUCCUGCUCCCAGGAGGGAUCACAUCUCACCAGCUCCUCGGUCUCUUUCCCUCCACCCCCUACAAUGCACGGCUCCAGGCCAUGUGGGGCCAGAGCCUCCUGCCGCCCGUGUCCACCUCUUUCACCACGGGUGGGCUGCGGAUCCCCUUCCCCAGGGACUGCAGGGAGGAGAUGCAGAACGGAGCCGGUGCCUCCAGGACCAGCACCAUCUUCCUCAACGGCAACCGCGAGCGGCCCCUGAACGUGUUUUGCGACAUGGAGACUGAUGGGGGCGGCUGGCUGGUGUUCCAGCGCCGCAUGGAUGGACAGACAGACUUCUGGAGGGACUGGGAGGACUAUGCCCAUGGUUUUGGGAACAUCUCUGGAGAGUUCUGGCUGGGCAAUGAGGCCCUGCACAGCCUGACGCAGGCAGGUGACUACUCCAUGCGCGUGGACCUGCGGGCUAGGGAUGAGGCUGUGUUCGCCCAGUACGACUCCUUCCGCGUAGACUCGGCUGCGGAGUACUACCGCCUCCACUUGGAGGGCUACCACGGCACUGCAGGGGACUCCAUGAGCUACCACAGCGGCAGUGUCUUCUCUGCCCGUGAUCGGGACCCCAAUAACUUGCUCAUCUCCUGCGCUGUCUCCUACCGAGGGGCCUGGUGGUACAGGAACUGCCACUACGCCAACCUCAACGGGCUCUACGGGAGCACAGUGGACCAUCAGGGAGUGAGCUGGUACCACUGGAAGGGCUUCGAGUUCUCGGUGCCCUUCACGGAAAUGAAGCUGAGACCAAGAAACUUUCGCUCCCCAGCGGGGGGAGGCUGAGCUGCUGCCCACCUCUCUCGCACCCCAGUAUGACUGCCGAGCACUGAGGGGUCGCCCCGAGAGAAGAGCCAGGGUCCUUCACCACCCAGCCGCUGGAGGAAGCCUUCUCUGCCAGCGAUCUCGCAGCACUGUGUUUACAGGGGGGAGGGGAGGGGUUCGUACGGGAGCAAUAAAGGAGAAACUGAGGUCCCCA